AUGGCUGGCAUUGGACUCGAUUGGCUAGUGGCUCUCACCGCUAUAGGUGUUGUGUACUACUUCUACCGAAGGAGUCUGCAACGUCGAAGGUUGCCGCCUGGCCCAAGGUCUCUGCCCAUCGUCGGGAACGAUCUUGACAAGCACACACUUGAAGUAUUAGAGCAAUGGCCGCACGAAUAUGGGGAGAUCAUGCACCUGAAACGGGCCAGGAAACAUAUGAUCGUGUUAAAUACAGCUGCUGCUGCCAGAGAAAUACUUGACAAACGUUCCGCGAAUUAUUCUGGACGGCCUUAUUCCUUCAUGACGAACGAGGUGAUGGGUUGGAAAUGGUCAUUCUUGGUUCUUGCAGGAGAGCCGUGGCGAGAACGCCGCGCUUUCUUCCAGAAGUACUUUGUUGGCCAAGUCCGUUCAUGGCAACAAUUGCAGCUUGUGGCGGCAUACCAGAUGCUUCGCAGAUUACUGGAGUCUCCGCAAAAUUUCUUCACGAUUGCUCAAUUAUUUGCCGCCGAUGUAGUGUUGCAAAUGGGAUACGGGCUCAGUAGCAAAGAGAAAGAUGACCCUCUUCUAGCUCUAAUUGCGCAGAGAAAUCGCAUAACAAUAUCUCGCGUAUGGCACCGUCUGGUGGACGCGUUUCCCAUCCUUGCACAUUAUCCUGAGUGGAUGCCGUUUUCGUUCCAGCGCGAUGUACGAAAAUUCAGAGAGCUGAACUUCCAGUUCAGAGAUAUCCCGUUUCAGCAGGUCAAGGCUGACAUGGCAAGGGGAACUGCCAGUCCAUCAUUCGUUGCGACUCUACUUCAAGACCUGCCGGAAGAUGAGUCAGAGGCACGAAAACAGGAAGAGUUAAUCAGAGACGUCGCAGGCAAUCUUUACAGUGCUGGUUCCGACACGACUGCGAAUUCCAUACGAACAUUUAUCCUUGCCAUGACACUGUACCCAGACGUACAGAGGCGCGUUCAGGAGGAGCUUGACGCUGUCGUUGGGACUGACAGGCUUCCUACAUUUGAGGACAGAAGUUCCUUGCCAUAUAUCGAAUGUCUAUUGAAGGAGGUUUUUCGUUGGAAUGCAAUAGUUCCACUGGGUGCCUUUCCUCAUGCGAGUAUCGACGACGACACAUAUAAAGGGUUCGAUAUCCCUGCAGGCUCAUCGGUAACAGGCAAUUUAUGGGCUAUUCUUCACGACCCAGAAACAUUCCCUAAUCCCGAAGUGUUUAAUCCCUCACGAUUUUUGGGUCCGGACAGUGAAUAUGCUAGCAAUAUUGUCAACAUGGCCUUUGGCUGGGGAAAACGUGUUUGUCCGGGAAAAGCUGUGGGGGAAGCCUCAGUAUUUAUUGCAGUUGCCUUGAUUGCUGCGGCGUUCACGAUAUCGAAUCCGAGAGAUGAACACGGCUCGGAGUAUAUUCCUGAACCACGUUGGACCGCGGGAAGUGCAAGGCGUCCUCUACCGUUCAAAUGCACGAUCACCUGUCGUUCUUCGCAGGCUCGCUCACUGAUUCUAGCGCUGCCCGAGGGUUGGCAUUCGACGUGGUUUAGUUCUUAA